UGCUAGUAGCAGAGACUUCUUAUGAUUAUGGAAAUAGGGUUAUGUCGCUUGUAGUUGUGGUGUACAAAGAGUCGGAGUGUGGGGCAUGUUGGGAAAUGAUGAUACAGGCAUGGAUGACCCGUGACAGGAAGGUGAUGGAUGCAACAUUGGAAACAGAUAAUGAAGAACAUCGUAUGGCUUCUUGUGUACCCUACAUGAUGUCCAAUGAGAGCCGAGAAUCUGGAUAUGUGGACAACUGGCAGUCAGGGAAGACUGUCACAGAGUGUAAUCUGCGCAUGCUCAACACGGAAGACUUAAGUGACGUCACCUCCCGUGUAGGAUCAGAAGUGGUCCGAGCACACCGCUACGUUCUUGUCAGUCGCAGCUGUGUCUUCCAUGCCAUGUUCUGUGGCCCCCUGGCGGAGACAGGGUAGGUAACCAUCCCUGACAUUGAGGCAGACAUCUUCAAAGAGUUCUUGAGGUAUGUGUACACAGACCAGAC